UGGUUGUGACUGAAAAAACCCAAAAUUUAAGAAGACUUCAGGCUCAAAGAAAUGAACUUAAUGCUAAAGUUCGAAUGUUGCGUGAAGAACUUCAGCUAUUGCAAGAACAAGGAUCUUAUGUGGGAGAAGUAGUUAAACCAAUGGAUAAGAAAAAAGUUUUGGUGAAGGUUCAUCCUGAAGGAAAGUUUGUGGUUGAUAUUGACAAAAAUAUAGAUAUAGCUGAUGUUACUCCAAACAGUAGAGUGGCAUUGCGAAAUGACAGUUACACUUUACAUAAAAUUCUUCCUAACAAGGUGGAUCCUUUGGUAAGUUUAAUGAUGGUAGAAAAAGUUCCUGAUUCAACAUAUGAAAUGGUAGGUGGAUUAGAUAAACAGAUAAAGGAAAUUAAAGAAGUUAUUGAGCUACCAGUUAAACAUCCAGAAUUGUUUGAAGCUCUUGGGAUUGCUCAACCAAAGGGUGUUUUGCUGUAUGGUCCACCAGGAACAGGAAAAACUCUUCUUGCUAGAGCAGUUGCUCAUCAUACAGAUUGUACAUUUAUUCGUGUAUCAGGUUCUGAACUUGUACAAAAGUUUAUUGGAGAGGGCUCAAGAAUGGUUAGAGAAUUGUUUGUUAUGGCAAGGGAACAUGCACCAUCAAUAAUUUUUAUGGAUGAAAUUGAUUCUAUUGGUUCCUCUCGAAUUGAUGCUGGAUCUGGUGGAGAUAGUGAAGUUCAGAGAACAAUGUUAGAAUUAUUAAAUCAAUUGGAUGGAUUUGAAGCUACAAAGAACAUUAAGGUUAUAAUGGCCACAAAUAGAAUAGAUAUUCUAGAUCCUGCUCUUUUAAGACCAGGAAGAAUAGACAGAAAAAUUGAAUUUCCUCCUCCAAAUGAAGAGGCUCGACUAGACAUUCUUAAGAUCCAUUCACGUAAAAUGAAUCUGACAAGAGGAAUAAACUUGCGAAAAAUUGCAGAAAUGAUGCCUGGGGCAUCUGGUGCUGAAGUAAAGGGAGUUUGUACAGAAGCUGGCAUGUAUGCACUGCGUGAAAGGAGAGUUCAUGUCACUCAGGAAGAUUUUGAAAUGGCAGUUGCAAAGGUCAUGCAGAAAGAUGCUGAAAAGAAUAUGUCAAUUAAAAAGUUAUGGAAAUAGAAUUUACUUAUUAUUUUGUCUUAGAAUUUAAUAUGAUCUGUAAAUUAUGUAUGUAUUCUGUAUUUCAUAUUUCUUAACUACUCCCUGAUUUAAAAAAAAAAUCAUUUUCAUCAUCAUUACUAAAUGACUGAUGCUUGAACUAAUGGAAAUUUUUGCCAAUAAAUAUGGAAUUGUUUUUUAUCCAAAA